UUUGGAUGGCUGGCGCUGUGCUCGAUCGCCCAUGCGCCCUCAUCUUGAUUGUCCAGUGCUUGCAGUCGGCGCCCAAUGUCAUGGCGUUUCUGAAGGCGCUACCACUGGCCAAGCUGGACGCAUCGUUGGCGGCGCUCCUGCAGCUGCUGACGCGACCGGGUCCGUUGGCGUACACGUGGCCUACGCUCCGACUAGACGACAUCGACUGCGACGACGACAGCACGGUUGCACUCUAUCAUGCGGCGCUCCCAGCUCUCGUGUCCAUUUGCGCCAAGGAGUUCAAGCUGGUUGAGCGCUUUAUGCGACCUCGAGGCGACGCCAUCACGCCCGCGCAAGGCUUUCUCGACUUUGCCUCGCAGUGGCCGCUCAAGAUGACCCAUGUGGACGGUAGGUGGGUGGAAGAAGUCGGCAGUGCAGCCUUUUGCAGCGAGCUUAGUCGCUGCACGCGCCUUCGGUCGAUCGAACUGAGCGCGAAUGCGGCGGCCCCCGCUAUUCUCGCCGCCAUCACGACGUCCGCCCAUUGCGUGCAUACGCUCGACAUUGCCAGAUCCUCUGGCGCUCCUGCGAUGAACUGGGCCUCGCUGCUGCAGCCCUGGCUGUCGAGUGGCCACGCUAAACACGUGUCAUUCAACAAGGUUCCGACCACCGACUGCAACGGGCUUGCGCACGCACUGGCAACCACCGAGUCGCUUCGAGGUCUCCAUAUUGUCGCUAACGACGAUAUACUCUGCGACCUUGUUGAGUGGAAGCUGCCUCUGCACCGCGUUACGGAGCUGACGCUGGCGACCGCCAACACCAAGGCCAUGCGUCAGCUCAUGCAGCUCGUGGACGUUACCAAGCUCACGUCCCUCGCACUGCAUUGCCAGUAUGAGAUCUCGGAUGUCCUCGGCCUCAUACCACGCAUGACGAGCCUGCGUCAUCUCUCACUCCAGUGGGUUCACUUUGGGGAUACUGACACGUCGCAGUGGCCGGACCUGGAGAGCGUCUACUUCGGCUGCGUCAAGUUUACUCCCUCGGCAUUCGAUGGGGUGCUCGUUUACCUAAACAACGUGUCGGGCCUCAAGCAGAUAACGCUGCACUGCUGUAGCACGGUCGGCGCUUCCUUCGCUGCUCUGAGUCGCACGCUCGGCCGCUUGAUCAACCGUGGGCUCACGAUGGCACGGUUGACGGAUCUUUGUCUCGACGGCUACGACGCCGCGCUCCUCGCGUUUGCCUUGCGCCAGCGGCGCUCUGCGUCGCCCCUCAAGCUGGACUUGUGCUCCAAUGACUUUGGUAUCGACGGUGUUCGUGUGCUCCUGGAAGCCCUUGCGGGCUGUACUCAUGUCGGCGUCCAGAUCGAGCCCACCGAAGAUGAGGUGAUGACGACAAACCUAGACGAGAUCCAACGCUUUGUGGAGGCCCACCGUAUGACAAGUGGCCCAAACGACACAGAAGGGUCCGUGAUCUACAGCCCCACAACGACCAUGUCUACCUAAUACUCCGUGAAAUGUGUG